AUGAGUAUAGAGAAUUUCCCUUCACUGAACUCAGAAGAAUUUACUGAGGCAUGCCAUCAUCUCGACAGGCAAUACUGCCAAGCCUCACUAGGUCCUGAACGAGCACGUUGGAAACUCAGGCUCUGUAAUGCUCUCUGCACCGACUUUGCUUAUGGUGGUGGUUUCACGACGUACAUUCAAAUUAGACGUCCCCUCGAGUUCGACUUGGACCAUGGAGAUCUAUCACUAGACUUGGAUGGGUUCUCCUUCUCAGAUGAGAAAAGCCAUCAUGUAUCAAUAGGAGGAGACAAGGAUAUGCUAGAUGCAGAAGAGGCAGACGAGGCUGCUCUUAUAAGACAGCGAGCUCGCCCGGAGAUUGCUAUGGUGGAAUACGAAAUUCAUCUUCACCCCACGUAUCGUGUUCCUUGUCUAUGGUUCACUCUACGCAACCUACCCGCAGAUGAGCCCGCAUUCGACGUUGAUACCGUCUUUCGCCGUCUUGUCCCUGAUGAGUACAAGGCUGGCCUCCGGGCACUCGGCAAUGUAGGCGGAAUAUCGGCCGAUCAUCACCCUAUUACGGGUGUCCCAUCCUUCUUUGUCCACCCAUGCUUGCUAGGAGACGCCAUCUCCAAAUUCGAGUGCGACAGGACGAACUAUCUUAUGAUAUGGCUCGGGCUUGUGGGAGGCUGUGUAGGCCUCUGGGUACCCAAAGAGAUGGCAAUGCAGUAG